ACCCAACACCACGUAGCCCACGUCCCGCCCAUCUCCCCCCCAAAAAACCCUGCGCCAAAACCCUAAAUUCUUGGUGUCACCAAAUUUCCAACGAAUAAUUCCAAAAUUUAUUUCCCCCCUCAACAUUUCCCUUAUUCAAAACUUCAUCACUCCAGUUAAUGUUGAAUGCUUCUUCAUUCUGCCCAAUUUUCACCUGAGAAAACCGAAAAAUGCUUCCCUCCCCUCCGUUUCUACUUUCUCCCUUCCUCCUCCUCCUCCUCUUUCUCCACCAUGCGACGUCGUUCUCGACUUCUGGCCCCCACAUUACCGACGUCAACAUACUCCUGCCGCCCAAAAUGACCCACCCCGUCGAGUACAGGCUUCAGGCCAGCGACGGUUGCUUCAAAUGGUCGUGGGAUCAUCACGACAUACUGUCGGUGUUGCCGGAGUUCAAUGCGAGCAGCCGCUGCUCGACGAGUGCUCGGUUGAGGUCCAUUGCUCCCUACGGCGGGCGGAAGGAGACGGCCGUUUACGCCACUGACUUGAACAGUGGAAUGGUGAUUAGGUGCAAGGUUUAUGUAGAUGCAAUAUCUAAGAUUAAGAUAUUCCAUAACUCUGUCAAGCUUGAUCUGGAUGGACUCGCUACUCUUCGCGUUCGAGCAUUUGACGCUGAAGACAAUGUCUUCUCCUCCCUAGUGGGCCUGCAAUUCAUGUGGCAGUUGAUGCCUGAAACCCAUGGAUUGCCUCAUAGCCUUGUCCAUGUUCCUUUGAAGGAGUCUCCAUUGAGUGAUUGCAGUGGCUUUUGUGGUGACUUGGAUAUUCAAGUAAAUCUUGAAGAAAGUGGUGUUUUUUCAGACUUUUAUGUAGUAAAAGGCACUGAAAUUGGCCAUGAGAUUGUUUCCGUGAGUUUGCUAGAACCAUCAUUUGGGCACUUGGCGGAUAAUAUUGUUUUGACUGUCGCAGAAGCAAUGUCUCUAGAUCCUCCAUCACCUGUACAUGUCCUUAUUGGUGCUGUUGUUCAUUAUACUCUUAAAGUCAUCCGUAGCAACAUUCCGCAUGUAGUGAGUUUACCAUCUUCAUUCCAUCAAUGGUCUGUUCUGAACUCUUCAGUGGCUCAGGUGGAUAAAGCAAUGGGCACAGUUCAUGCAUUCAACUUGGGGGUUACAGCAGUUGCUGUUGAAGACACAAGGGUUGUAGGACACAUGCAAAUAUCAUCUCUUCAUGUUGUCUUACCUGACAGUUUGUUGUUAUUUAUUUCACCUCUCUCUUCUACUGGUGGUCAUAUUGAGGGUCUUGAGCCCAUUCCCUCUGUGUCUCGUUGGUAUGUAGUGGCUGGCCGUCUAUAUAUGAUUCUUGUUAAGGUCUUCUCUCCAGGACUUGGAGCACAAGAAAUUUAUAUAACAGAAAGUGAUGAAAUAAAGUUGCACGGUAACCAAGAUGAAUUCUGGAAUAUUCUCCCACUUUCAGAAGGUGUUACUGCUAAGAGCAAUUAUAGAAUGUUGGAUGCAAAAUCAUAUGGAUUGGGAAAGCUUACAGCAACUUUGGCUUAUCACACUGGUCGUGAUGUAAAGAAAGAAGUUCUUAAGGUUGUUCAAGAAGUCAUGGUAUGCGAUCAAAUUAAGUUCAUUAUUGAAGGAGACAGUAGUGUUUCAGACAAAAUUCUCCUCCCAUGGGUCCCUGGUGUCUAUCAGGAGCUGGAGCUUCGAGCAAGUGGAGGUUGCUCAAUGUCCUCCAGUGACUAUAAGUGGUUUUCUUCAGACAUGUCUACUGCAUCUGUAUCCGUAUCUGGGAUCGUUCAGGCAAAAAAGCCUGGGAAAGUAACUAUUAGAGCAGUGUCCAUAUUUGAUUCACUGAAUUAUGAUGAGGUGGUUAUUGAAGUUUCCGUUCCCCAUUCGAUGGUCUUGCUGCCUAACUUUCCAGUGGAAGCACGUGUUGGGUCACAUCUUCAAGCGUCUGUUACAUUGAGAGCAUCAACUGGUGCAUAUUUCCAUGCAUGUGAUGCUUUCAGAUCCUUCAUCAGAUGGAAAACUGAGAGUGACUCAUUCAUAAUUGUCAAUACAACUAUGGAAGUAUUUGUUACAGGCAUAAAAGAAGCUGUUGAACCACAUUCCAUUUCAUAUGGUCCUCCGUGUUCAUGGACCAACAUAUAUGCUGCAAGUUGUGGUCGAACUUUGUUGCAUGCCACAUUGACUAGGGAUAAUCAACUACCAGAUCAUGUUGGUAGGGAAUCUACUGUCUUGAAAGCAUCCUCAUCUAUUGCAGCAUUUUUACCACUUAUUGUUCACCAGGCAAGUGAUGGGAACCAGUUUGGUGGUUAUUGGUUCGAUUGGGUUCAUGCUGAAUCUCAAAAUCAGCUGAACAGUUUGGAUUAUCUGUAUCUUGUGCCCGGCACUCACUUGGAUGUAUUGCUUCGUGGGGGACCAGAAAGAUGGGGCAAGGAUGUCGAGUUCGUUGAGAAUGUUGCAGUGUUGGCUGAACAGGAUGGUCUUGUGAAAGAUAAGAUUUUUAUCCGUCAAAUACCAACCAACUAUGGGAAUCCAUACAGAAUAGGGUGUGAUAGCUUGGGAACCUUUAGACUUAUUUUCAGACGUGGAAACUUAAUGGGAGAGGACCAUCAUUUACCUGUUGUAUCUGAAGUGCAGUUGUUGCUUAUAUGCAGCUUUCCGUCUUCAAUUGUAAUAAUAGCUGAUGAAGCUUUAAACGUACCUCUAGCCAUACAGUCUGCAGCUCGGGCUGAACGGUUGCCGGGCAGAAUUCGUGCCUCCCCAAUUAAAGUAGCCAAUGGACGUAGAAUACGAGCAUCAGCUGUUGGUCUUAGUGAUUCUGGUAAACCUUUUGCAAAUUCAUCUUCCAUCUUUUUAAGUUGGGAAUUAGCUGAAUGCGAAGGACUGGCUCUGUUGGAUGACACUGAAAGUUCAGCAGUAUACUCCAGCUGGGAAAGGUUUUUGAUCUUGCAGAAUACAUCUGGACUAUGUACUGUGCGUUCCACCGCUGUUAGCUUUGAUUCUUUGGGCCAUAAUGAUUUUGCUGCUAAGUUUGAAACUUCUAAAAAUACUCUUACAGAUGCAAUCCAGCUGCAACUCGUUUCUUCUCUUGGAGUCAGUCCAGAAUUUAGCUUGUUGUUUUUCAGUCCUGAAGCUAGGUUGAAUAUCUCUAUAACUGGAGGGAGCUGUUUUCUGGACACAUUGGUAAACGACACUCAUAUUGUCGAAGUAAUACGACAGAUCCCUGAUUAUGAUUGUUCACAACUAACAUUGGCCCCUAAAAGCGUAGGCUCUGCACUUGUAACAGUUCAGGAUGUUGGGCUAGUUCCUCCUCUUUCUGCAUCAUCGACUGUCCAAGUUGCAGACAUGGACUGGAUCAAGAUUUUAACCGGAGAACAUAUAAGCAUUGAGAAGGGAAGUUUGCAGUCUAUAAAUUUUUUGGUUGGGGUAGGUGAUGGGCGUACUUUUGACCCUUCUCAGUACAUCUACAUGAAAAUAAGUGUCAACAUUGAAGAAGAUAUAGUUGAUGUUGUGGAGAAUUACGACUUUCCAUUAGUUGCUGAUAGAAACGUACGUGGGCCAACUUUCACGUUGCAAGGCACACAUCUUGGAGUGACCACAAUAUAUCUUAGUGCUAUCCAACAUUCUGGACAUGAAAUUGUUAGCCAGCCGAUUAAGGUGGAAGUAUAUAAUCCACCCAGAGUACAUCCCCGUGAUAUAUUUCUCGUACCAGGUGCUUCGUAUGUGCUUACAGUCAGAGGAGGCCCGAAAAUUGGUUCACAUGUCCGGUAUUCCAGUUUGGAUGAUAAAAAAGCUCAAAUUCACAAGUUCUCAGGACGACUAUCGGCAAUUUCACCAGGGAACAGUACUCUUGUUGCCACGAUUUAUGGUGUUGGUGAUAUCAUGCUUUGUCGAGCAUAUGGCAUCGUUAAAGUUGGAAUUCCUUCAUCAGCCAUUUUAAAUGUCCAGAGUGAAAAAAUUGCUGUUGACCUCAGGAUGCCAAUAUAUCCAUCUUUAUCUGAGGGAAAUUUGUUUUCCUUCUAUGAGCUCUGUAACAAUUUCAAGUGGACUGUGGGAGACAAAGAUGUGUUAGAUUUUCAAGGGGAAAAGAACGCGCAUGGUCGAGGCAACAGCAGUCUGAAAACAUCCCUAAAUGAACUUGACCUUAACUUUAUUCAAGUUCUUCACGGAAUAUCAGCUGGCAAGACGAAAGUUGCAGUUUCGUUCUCAUGCAGUUUCAAGAAUUCCAAUUCAUUGUCAAAAUCAAUGUUCUACACGGCAUCUGUGUCAAUAUCGGUGGUCCCUGAUCUCCCACUUGCUCUUGGAUCACCGAUAACCUGGAUCCUUCCUUCUUACUAUACCUCUUCCGAUCUCUUACCUCUAUCUUCGCAUGCUUACAGUAAAGGGGGCUCUUUGAGUGAUAAUGGCAUUGCUUAUUCCUUCUUAGGACAGGAAAAGAGGAGAAUUGAUGAGGUACAUAACGAUGAUUUAUAUAUUGAUGGUGCUAAAAUCAUAACUAAGGACUCGGGCAAUGUUGCAUGCAUCCUAGCAAAAGACAAGGCAAGUGGAAGAACUGAAGUUGCAUCUUGUGUGAGGGUGGCUGAGUUGGAUCAAAUCAGAACGGCGGAUGAGUUUCCUGUUCACAUGGUUGCUUUAGGUGCUGAUCUUGGUCUUCCUAUUAGGUAUCACGACAUUCUUGGAAAUCCUUUCCAAGAGGCACAUAACAUCACGCUGUUUGAAGUGGAAACCAACUAUCCUCAUGUUAUAUCAAUUGAUGAAUAUGACGGUCAUGGGACUAUCCACCUUCGCGCAAAAACCGAAGGUUUAGCUCUUGUUCAAGUGUCUUUUGUCAAUAAUCCUCGUAAAGCAGUAUAUGCCAUGAUCUCUGUUGGCCCGCAGCUGUAUCCACAGAAUCCCGUCAUUCACCAGGGAGCAAGUCUCAACUUCGAUGUAAAAGGUUUGGGUGAUUCAGCAUCAGGUCAGUGGUUCAGUUCCAAUGAAAGCGUUGUGUCUGUUGAGAGGCUGUCUGGAAAAGCUGAAGCCACCGGAGAAGGUACAACCCUAGUUCACUUUACGAGUUCGAGUUUCAAGCUUCACACGACGGUCAUUGUAUUGAAAGGGAGUGUAGUGUCCGUUGAUGCUCCCAGCGAGGUGCUCACAAAUGUGCCAUUUCCAGUAAAUGGAUAUGCUUUCUCUGUGAAAUUUAGUGAUGAAGUUUCUGAGAAGAAGAUGCUACUGUCGUUUGAUUGUGCCGUUAGUCCGCCCAAAAUUGGGUUUGCGAAGCCGUGGAAGGAUCCUGACACCGGCAACACACUCUGCCUCUUCUUCCCUCAUUCCCCUCAACAUCUAGUGCGUUCAGUGUCCAACACAGGAGAUUCGCCACAUCAGGUGCUUGUAUCUGUUCGAGCAUCACUGACGGAGGAUAAUCAGAUUUCUGGUUCUGCAUCCGCUCUCUUCGUUGGAGGAUUCACCCUUGAAACCGACGAGAAGAACUCACUCCAUCUGAACCUGACCCGAGACUCCAACAAGAGUGUCGUAACCAUAACCGGGAACACCAACGUCGAGCUCAGCUGGCUCCACAGGAACCACCUGAUCGUUAGACCUAUCCACGGUGGCGAUCCUGCUGUAGCAAAGUAUGAGAUCAGCGCCCGUGGGCCUGCCAGAAUCCAAGAUCAGCUCGUCUUCUCACUCCCAGCAACUGGCCAGAGAGUUGCAGUCAGUGUUAGCUACGAUCCUGAUGAGAGAGAAGCAGCCGCCAAACCAGCAAACCUCACUUUCUGGGCUGGUAUAUCUGCUCUCCUUUUUCUGCUGAUAUUCACAGUGACCUUUGUCAUAUGUUACCUCGACAGACCAGAUAGAUCGCCGCCGCGGGUCUCCUUCGGCAGUCCGAGCAUUGUGGCGCCUGCCACUCCCGAGCGCAGCAGUCCAGCAGUCGUCAAGGAGCAGUCGCCUCGGACGCCGCAGCCGUUCAUCGACUACGUUAGGAGGACCAUAGAUGAAACUCCUUAUUACAGGCAAGACUUUAGGAGGAGGUCUAAUCCUCAACAUACAUUCUAGAUUUGAUUCUUGCAUUGUAUGUAGGAAGAAAUGCUUUUUGAGGUGUAUGUCUGUAGACAUUCUAUGUAAUAUUAUGUUAUUAUAUUAGCGUAGCAUUUCAA